GCGAGACACUAGGGGACGUUUUAGCCGUAUAGCAACUGGGAAUAGGGUAACUAGUUAGCUGGCUAGCUAGCAAGAGAACUAAGUUAAGUGUUAAACUGCACGCAGUUAGGCAAGUCAGUUAAUAUAGCAUAGCGGGCUUUAUUUAAGUCGAAAAUGUCAUGAUGAUAGCUAGCUAGCUAGCUUGAUAAAGUUGAGUCAUAAACUUGGGCACCCACUGUUUUCAUGAAAACGAAACUUGUUUCGAUUGCUGCAUUUCCUGGAGUCAUUGCCUGUUCCAAAAAGGUUGCUGCAAUUGGGAUGUUAAAGAGAGAACCAAAGGAGGGAAAUCGUGGUCUUGAGGACGAUUAGCCAAAGUUAACAAUGGAAGCGGAUUCAGAAGACAUGCAAAUGAACGACAAAGGGGUGGAAAAAUUAAUGGACGAAUAUUUGAAGUCAAAGGGGUUUUAUCGGAAGAAAAUAGCCAAAGACGGUUCCUGUCUGUUCAGAGCGGUGGCCGAGCAGGUACUUCAUUGCCAAAGUCGACACACCGAAGUAAGAGCCACCUGUGUUGACUACUUGAAAAAGAACAGAACGAAGUAUGAGUCGUUCAUUGAGGGGAACUUCGAAGAGUACUUGCAUCGGCUGGAGGACCCACAGAAUUGGGUUGGAGAAGUUGAGAUCAGUGCACUGGCCCUAAUAUAUCGGCAUGAUUUCAUCAUCUUCCAGGAACCUGGAAAACCACCUGUCAACAUAACUGAGAACAAUUAUACCGAUAAGGUCCGGCUGUGCUUCCUAAACGGGAAUCACUACGAUAGCGUCUACCCCGUGGAGUUCAUAAAGACGGCCGCCCUCUGUCAGUCUAUUCUGUAUGAGUUGCUGUACGAGAGGGUGUACAGGGUGGACCACAAUGUGGUGGCGGCGGCCUGUCUCGCGAGGCACGGCAACCCAGAGGAUGGUGGGUACGGGGAGUGCAAGAGCAGCGAGGAGUCGGACCUGGAAGACGACGAGGACUUCUGGCCCAAUGAGGCGGCUGUUCCCUCCAACAUGAACAGUCGGAGGAUCCCGAACAGUAAUCAGACCUGCAAGACUGCAAAGUCGCACCCAUCCAGGUUUUCUCUGUCCCAGAGAGUUCAGAUGUCUCUAAACCCCUCGUUCUUCAGAAAUGUGGAGUAUGACGUCUGGCUGAGGUCGCAAAGAGUUCAGCAAAAGCGGGAUUUCUGCAUGGCUGCCGGAAUGCAGUACAGCGUUGGGGACAAGUGCAAGGUGCGUCUGGACAACACCGGCAGGUUCUACAGUGCCUACAUCCAGGCCGUCGAUCCCGAGAACGGCCCAGUCACGGUGUUCAUCGAAGAACUCGGAAAGAAGCACACCAUCCCUCUGUGGGACCUGCGGCCCUCUAGUGGUGACAGUGAGUCGUGGAGCACUGUGGCAGAGAGGGGGAAGAAGUUCAGCCUGGUCAAUGGCAACGGCCAUCACUCCGAGCGGGAGACUCGAGGGGGGAGGAAACCGGGGAAAGCUCUGCAGUCCCCGCAUGCUCCCCCGGCCGCCGCUGCAGGCCGCAUGCAAAAGCAACAUCCGUGGCCCCCGCAGGCCACCGUAGACGAGCACGCCACAGGCAGGACCCUCCACGCCACAGCCAGGAAGGGCGAGCCCGGGACCUCUGCUGCCCCAGUGCAGGAGCCUCACUUCGGCCUUUCCCCCGACGAGCGCUUGGCGCGGGAGGAGGAGGAGAAGUCCCAGGCCCUGCUGGAGAUCAUGCAGAGGGAUGAGAAGAGCUUUCCUGCUCUUGGUAGCCAGGGAGUUUCCCGGCCCGUGACUCAGACUGGAGAUGGAGGGAAGAGGUCCCAGAACAGUGAGAGGCGUGGCUCCAAGAAGAAGGCGGACCCUCAGCCUCAGGAGGCGUCCGGGGACGGCGAGGCGAAAGAUCUUGCCAUCAGAUCUUCCCAUAGAGCCGAACAGACCAAGCUCUCGGGUAAAUGUGCUGGUCAGCUGGAACGGAGGUCGCCCUCUGCUGAUCAUAACCAGGCAGUGCAGAGACAUGUCCCCACAAAGGAGGAUUCAGCCCGCUCGGGGAGCUCUCUGGGACCCCAGAGUGCCGAACGGGGUCCCCCUCCUGAACCGAGCCGAGCUGCUGCUCCCACAUCCGCUCCCGCUCCCGCUCCUGCUCCUCCUACACCUGCUUCAACCGUAUCUGCUCCUGCUUCGGCUGCAUCUACAUCAGCCUUAUCUGUGCCUGCUCCUUCUGCCUCUACUCAAACCGGUCCCUCUACCACACCUGCUACUUCUACCACACCUGCUCCUUCUACACUCACUCCUUCUGCUGUACCUGCUCCUACAAACCCCGCUCCUUCUACAGCAGCCACUUCAACUGCUGCUGCUCCUUCUACUACACCGGCACUGCCUCCACCUGCAUCAGCUGCCUCCGUUCCUCCUCCACCUGUGCCUGCAGCUGCUUCGUCCGCUCCGACUCCGCCUGCACAUACCUCUGCUGCCCCUGCCGCUGCCCCAGCUCCACCUCUUCCCGCCCCAUCUCUUGCCCCCGCAACACCUUCCCCGGUUUCGGUCACCCCUGCAGUUCCCCCUCCCUUGGUCCCGAAUCAUCAUCAUCAUCAUCAUCAUCCUCUUCCACAGCAGCAGACCCCAGCGCCCCCUGCAGGCUUCCUCUCUGCACCUCUGUCUGGGGACGCCUCGCCCUUCGAGAGGCCGAACUCCAACCCUCGAGGUGUGAUGCCCCAGCUGACCAUUGCCCCAGCACCCCCCACUCCUCCAGUGCUGCCUGAACACAUGUCCAACCAUCACGCCCCUUCCCCGUCCGCGCCGCCCCCCGGGCCCCUGCAUUUCCACCAGAUUUCGCACCUCUACCAGGACCCCCUCUACCCCGGCUUCCCGCUCAACGACAAGGACGAGCCGGCGCCCACCCCCCAGUUGUCCCUCAUGCGGAACGGACAGGACCUUCCCAAAGAGAUGGGUGUCCUGAGAUUUUUCUUCAACCUGGGCGUCAAGGCUUACCUGAACCCGAUGUGGCCUCCCCAUACAUACAUAUACCCGCUGCUGCAGGCUCACAUGAGCGCCUGUGCCAUGCAGCCCAAACUGCCCUCCCCGGCUCCCUAUAUGACCUCCUGGUAUUCAGAGACCCCUCCCCCGGGUCCUGUCCUACGCAUGAGCUCUGUGCCCGGUGGUGCCGUGACGAUGCAGGAGGGCUACGGCCACGCCCCAGCCUACGGACACGCCCCGCCCCCCGGAGGGAGGCCGCCGGGUCAGUUUGAGCACAUCCCCUGCCCGGUGCCGCCUGGGGUGGGAGUGGGCAUGGGAUUGGUGGGCGGGGCUCUUGCGCCUCAGCACGCAGAUCUCGGCCUUGGCUCUGAGGGCAGGCCUGCCAUGGGGUACAGCCCUCAGCCUGCUGCUGCUACCCUGCCCCCCGUCAUGGGUGGUGUCCCUUGGCCGGGCCCCCGCCCGAACACCUUCCCAGGGGCGUUCCCCGCCCGCCCUCCUCCUCCGCCCGCCCAGUACCUCCCGCCCCCUCAGUUCCCCCCCGUCACGCUGGGGUACCCUGCUCCGCGGAUGUCCGGUGGCAUCCCCAACAUAGCGCCACAUGUCAAAAGCAGUGAGGCUCCUGUGGGGAGAGGAGUUGGUCAGACCCUCGCAGAGAGACCGCCUGGUGUGCCUAGCACCGACCCUGAGAACGAGUCGGGAAAGGAGAAACGGGUAGCCACGCCCCUGACGGGACCGCCACGUCCAGCCAGCGUCCCCAGAGAGCAGGCUCCGCCCAUGGCGGAUCAGGUUACGGCAGGAAGCGGUGAAGCCAAGGGUAAAGCCAGGCCGGUGUAUGUGGUGGUGAGCACACCAGACACAGGCCCCCCCACUGUCCCGCCGACCCAGAGGAUAAAGGUCUCUUUGAAGGAAGAGCCCGGCUCAGCUGAGGUCUGUCAAACCCCAGCCAACGAGAACAGCGGCGAGGACGGCACGACCGCACCAGGAGGAGGUCCCAAGGAGGGCGAACCGCAGACCGUGGAGCCCAGCUCUGAGCCACAGGUCUACCCUGUGUGGGAGGAGGAGGGAGAGCCCGGCGAGACGGCUCUGCGGGGCAGCCGGUCCUACUACCGCUCCUACCGGGGAAGGAGGGGCUACGACGACAGCCGGGGCUACCGGGACACCAGGUGGAGGGGGGAAGGACGGGGGUACCGCGGGCGGAGGGGGCCGGACGACAGGAGAGAGUACCCCUACAGGGAGAGGAGAUCCGGCGAAAGCAGUCCCGCUUACCCCGGUGCCAACAUGAAAGGACCGAACGUGAGGGGCCGAGGGCGGGGCUACAGUCCGUACCCGCCCGGGCGAGAGAGCGGUUACACUGUGGUCUACCAGAGGAGCAACACCUAUGCAGAUUCAUAA